AAUGCCAAGUCCACCAAUCAGUGCCCAGUUCUCCCAUUAAUGUGCCUGUCUAACUAGGGCAGUCUCUCAUGCAAGACAAUCCUCCUCUAGCUUUCCAGUUCGGUCUCCUUUUGCCUGAGGAAUUACAUAGAGCCCUGAUAUGUUCUACUUACCAAAUCACUAGGAAAGAGUUUGACAUUUAGAGUGGUAAAUCUUUUUAGUUGGUUUCAUGUUUUGUAUGUAAUACUGCUUCUGGUAUACAACUUUGCGAUGAAGAAUGGGACCAUUUAAAGAGUGACAUUACAUCUGGAAUGUUCUACUAGUGACACACUACUAGCACAUGAGAUUUCACAGGACACACAGUCAUUGUCAACAUUGUUGAAGACACAACAAGUGAUGAUGUUCAGUCAAGGAUGCACAGACUGACAAAAAGUUCAGCACAUUUUAGAUGUGUUAGUGUCAAAAUAAUAUAUGCUUAAUGUUAUGUAAGACUAGCUGUCCACACUGGGGUGUGCAUUAAUUGAUCUGAAUCUGACUGUAGCCUACUUUGUGUCGCAGCCUUCAACAAGUGACUGGCCACAAGAUGGCACUCUGUAUGUGAAGGGUGUGACGCCUGUGCGCUCCCUUUUGUUGAUCCAGUUUUCCUCGUGCGCUUCCCGCUCCACCGCCAGAUGUCGCGCGGCACCUUCCGGGGGGGGCGGGGCCUGUCCCGGGAACGCGCUGCUUUCCAUUCCAAGCACAGAGACACAACAUGGCGGAAUAGGAGAGACGGCCGAAGCGCCCGGAUACAGCGAGUAGAAGCGCAGGAGUCUCGCUAAAUGUGCCCUGUUGGCAAGAAUUUCGUCUGUCUGUCAGAGAGAGCCCAGAAAACUUUGAGGAAUUUGGGGCUUCUCUUUGACAUGUAAUUUGGGGGGCCAAAAGCCAGCGAUCUAUCACCCCUCUCCAAAUUGGCCGUCUGCACGGGAUCAUUCCAGUUACCCAGGCCCCCCACCCCGCACACACUCUCGGUUCUUGGGGUGUGUAGAGAGGGGCAGGGGAACAGAACGUGGAGAAAGAGGAAAAAUAAUUGCACUUUUCUGAAAUAUAAAGGCACACGUUUUGAGAGAAGAGUCGUGGGACGUUGGGCACAUGAGUGACCGAUGCUAGCUUCGUCCUCUCAGGGCAGAAUGGGUGUGUUCCCGCUGCUCCUGCUCUGCAGUGUGGCCCCCUGGGCCCCCAGCUCAGCUCAGACCAUCCCCCCUCCCACAGGUCUGCUCCCCAAUCUCACAGCCACAGACGACCUGUCGGAGGUCCUCACCACUGCCCCCACAUUGACCAAUGCCACCCUGCCCACACCCCCCCACCCCCGCAUGGUGGACCCCCCCGGCCCGGCCCCCCCCACAGACCCACCAGUGACCCGGCCGCAGUCCCCGGCGCCCCCCCCCACGCUGGGCCCUGAUGCGGAGCCGGGCCAGAACGCCACCACGACUGAGCCGGUGGUUACCGUGGAGACGACGGCCGAGCCCACGGACGAUACCACGCUCGAGCCUGAGUCAGAGGUCACCACGGAGACGCUGGGCCCGCCUGCCAUCACACCUCCAGGUGGCGGUGAAGAUGACACCCCCAUCAUAGCGGUGACGGUGGCCCUCUCAUCCCUCCUGGUCAUCAUCUUCAUCAUCAUCGUCCUCUACAUGCUCAGGUUUAAGAAGUACAAGCAGGCGGGGAGCCACUCCAACUCCUUCAGACUGACCAAUGGCAGAGCAGAUGACACAGAGCUGCAGAGUGUGCCGCUAUUGGCCCGCUCGCCCAGCACAAACAGGAAGUACCCGCCCCUUCCUGUGGACAAGCUGGAGGAGGAAAUGAACCGUCGCAUGGCAGACGACAAUAAGCUCUUCCGGGAGGAGUUUAAUGCGUUGCCAGUGUGUCCUAUCCAGGCCUCGUGUGAUGCUGCUUCUAAAGAGGAGAACAAGGAGAAGAACCGCUACGUCAACAUUCUGCCCUUGGGCACCAUCCCGCAGUUCUGCAUCCAGCAGAAAGUGGGCGAUGUCUCUGGGAAGAAGCCCCAGCGUCUGGUCACUCAGUUCCACUUCACCAGCUGGCCAGACUUCGGGGUGCCCUUCACCCCCAUUGGCAUGCUCAAGUUCCUCAAGAAGGUCAAGACCUGCAACCCCCAGUAUGCUGGGCCCAUCGUCGUGCACUGCAGUGCGGGUGUUGGGCGGACGGGCACCUUCAUCGUGAUCGAUACGUUGGACAUGAUGGGUCGAGCGAAGGUGAUCGGGUUCGGCCGUGACGCCGUGAUCCGAGCCCAGCGCUGCCAGAUGGUCCAGACGGACAAGCUCACCUCCAUAAAAAUCCAGAAUGACAAGAUGAGAACAGGCAACCUUCCAGCCAACAUGAAGAAGAACCGAGUCCUACAAAUCAUUCCAUAUGAGUUCAACAGAGUGAUCAUCCCUGUGAAGAGGGGCGAGGAGAACACGGACUACGUCAACGCCUCCUUUAUCGAUGGCUACCGGCAGAAGGACUCGUACAUGGCCAGUCAGGGCCCACUGCAGCACACCAUUGAGGACUUCUGGAGGAUGAUCUGGGAGUGGAGGAGCUGCUCCAUCGUCAUGCUCACGGAGCUCGAGGAGAGAGGACAAGAGAAGUGUGCUCAGUACUGGCCUAGUGACGGGGUGGUGGUGCAUGGAGACGUCUCCAUCGAGCUGAAGAGAGAGGAGGAGAGCGAGAGCUACACCAUCAGAGACCUGCUAGUCACCAACAACAGAGAGAAUAAGGCUCGUGCGGUCAGGCAGUUUCAUUUCCACGGCUGGCCCGAGGUGGGCAUUCCCACGGAUGGGAAGGGCAUGAUCAACAUCAUCGCUGCCGUGCAGAAGCAACAGCAGCAAUCCGGGAACCACCCAAUCACAGUGCACUGCAGUGCGGGUGCGGGCCGGACCGGGACGUUCUGCGCGCUGAGCACGGUUCUGGAGCGCGUGAAGGCCGAGGGCAUACUGGACGUGUUCCAGACGGUCAAGAGCCUGAGGCUGCAGAGGCCACACAUGGUGCAGACACUGGAGCAGUACGAGUUCUGCUAUAAAGUGGUCCAGGAGUAUAUCGAUGCCUUUUCCGACUACGCCAACUUCAAGUAGGGGAUGGACACAGAGGGACUGAGUUACUGGUCACUGGUUGAUUCCAUGGAACAAGAACGCAGGAACGGACAGACACAUGGACAGAGCGAGAGAGCGAGAGAAAGAGAGAGAAAGAGAGAGAAAAAAUGGAUAACCUGACCAGAUUGGGAUGGAGAGAAUUGAAAAGAAUAUCAGAGAUGCCUUCUUGAAUAUUUUGUAAUAUUGAUGAUGUUAAUAUGCCCCCACCUUCUCCUCCUGUAUAUAUACACUCACCCCCCUUUCACAGGUUUGCUUUUAGAGGGCCGUUUGGCUGUGGUUUAAGAGUGACCAACCUUUACCCAGAAUGCAUCUGGCCUUGGGUAGGAUCAAACAGGAUCGGCUCCACAGGUGACUGCAGGUGACUGCAGGUGAUCUGCAGGCGCUGGGCCUUGGCUUGUGUUUCUGCUUGUUUAUCUUUUUAUUCUUUUGAUUUUAUUUGUUUUUUACUUUUCUUUUGUUGUUGUUUUUUUUAUUGCGGUUGAGUGACGUAAAUCUCUGUGACUUGUGACUUCUCUGAUCUGACAUCUUGAUUGGUGCUCAAGUCACACGAGUACAGAAGGCAGCCAAUCAGGAUGCACCAUGUAUCCUCAGCGAACAUGCACGUGUACAUGUACACACACACACACACUGUCACACAUACACACAGCACAUAUACACAGACACAAACACACACACACAGACACAGACACACACACUCA